ACAGUGCAACAAGAAAUCAUAGACGAAGGCCUUUUCGACUCAUCUGAUGAUUUUGCUCUCGUCCUUCAACCUUUCGCGAAAGGAAUCAAUCACCCGCCAUUGACGAACCAUACCACAUCUACGCUCUUCAUUAUGAUAGUAAUCUCCCAGUUAAAAAUAAUGCUUGCAGAAAAUCAAUUAAUCGGUUCUAAUUUCAAGAGCAGUGGCAAAGCAAAUCUACAAUUUUUUGCCCCGGACUGUUUCCACUUCUCAAAAUAUGGCCACAGCAACUUUGCCAAACAUCUCUGGAACAACCUUGUUCAACCGGUUGGAGCCAAGGCAACUUCUGUGGAUCUAAGUGAUGUCAACGCCCCAUUACAGUGUCCUUCCAAGGAUUGUCCACUAUUCCCCACCGCGAAGAACAGCAAGAACUGCACAGCCUACAUGACGCCUAGCGAACUUGACGGAUAA